AUGGGUACAGACUUACAAUCAUACAGGGUGAGGGUUGGUCUUUUUGCCUCAUCUCAAAUGUCAUUUAAAGGUCUAGCAUGUUUCACAACCUUUGAACUUAUUAUUUGGUUGUCAAUGCUUCUUCUGAGAGCUGGUGACAUUCAUCAAAACCCAGGACCCAGUUCAACCACGACAUCUUCCACUGACAACUCUCUUUCGGAUUCUUACAUUUUCGAGGAUUUCCAAAACUCACUGUCAUUUGUCCAUUAUAACGUUCAAAGCUUCUUUCAUAAAAGGGAUAUUCUCCAGGCUGAACUACAACAUUUCGACGUUCUUUCUUUUUCUGAAACUUGGCUAAGUGAUCAAAUUGAUUCUUCUUCUCUCACAUUUGAAAACUUUGCACCACCAUUCCGGAAGGAUCGUAAUGGCGAUAACCAUGGAGGUGUAAUCGUGUACGUCAGAAGUUCAUUUCCCGCAAUUAGGCGCACUGACUUAGAAGUAGACGGCAUUGAGUGCAUUUGGCUAGAGAUUCACAUUAAACACAGAAAAAUUCUAUUUGGUACCUUCUACCGACCACCUAACUCGUCUCCUAUAGUUCUUACUCAAAUAGAAAAUUCUAUUGGGCUUGCUUAUGAUACUUCUGUAUCUGACAUUAUCAUCACAGGUGACUUCAAUCUAGACAUCCACAAACCCUCAACAUCUUCCAAAAUACAAGACAUAAUGAUACAAUACAACAUGAAGCAAGUAAUCACAGAAUCUACACACUACACAGAACACUCUAAUUCUUUAAUUGACCUUUUUAUACUAUCUCCUACCUGUCCGAUCAAAAUUUCUGGGGUUGGCGAACCCUUUCUUGACCAAAACAUAAGAUUCCACUGUCCUAUCUUCUGCUGUCUGGAUGUUACAAAGCCAAAACCAGCGACGUUUAAACGGAGAGUCUGGAAAUAUGAUCAAGGGGACUACGAAGGUCUACGUCAAGAAGCUUUAAUAUUUGAUUGGCAGUCGCUCUUUGAUCAUGAUAUCGACACAUACACAAAAAAUAUUACAAACCAAAUACUGUCUAUGUCUAACAAAUAUAUUCCAAACAAAAUUGUAACAAUACGACAAUCAGAACCACCAUGGAUACACAACGACAUACGCAAAUAUAUCAGAAAAAGAAAACGCGCAUAUGACAAAGCUAAAAUAUCACAAAACCCUCGACACUGGCAAGCAUACAAACAGCUUAGAAACAAAACAAUUGACAUGCUCAGACAAGCCAAACACCACUUAUCUCUAAAGAUUUCAGAUAAACUAAAACAGCCAGAUCUUAAAACAACAGACUAUUGGAGAAUACUUAAACAAUUCAUUGCACCCACUAAUAAAUCAAGCAUCGAUACAUUACAUGAUAAUGGAAACAUAGUCACAGACAACACAGACAAAGCCAACCUUCUGAACAAUUUCUUUCAAACCCAAACACAACUCAACGAUCAGAAUAAAACACUUCCACCACUACAUGUAAACCCAGAUGAAAAUGUCCUCACUAACAUUCAAAUCACAGAAGACGAAGUAGAGAUUACACUUAAAUCACUUAAUACAGGCAAAGCAUCAGGUCCAGACAACAUAAACAGUAGAAUACUCAAAGAACUCUCCCACGAAAUAGCAAGUCCUUUAUGCUCUCUUUUCAACAGAUCUCUUCACACAGGAAAGUCAGGCUUUGUUCCCAACGACUCAACUUCCAAUCAACUUGUUUCUAUCUACAAUUCUUUCUGUCAAGCCCUAGACGAGGGCAAAGAGGUCAGGGCUGUAUUUUGUGACAUUUCGAAAGCAUUCGACCGAGUUUGGCACCGUGGUCUCCUUCAUAAACUGGAAUCAAAAGGAAUUUCAGGUCAGCUUCUUCUUUGGUUCAAGGACUAUCUAUCUGGUAGAAGGCAGAGGGUCGUUCUUUGUGGUUCCUAUUCUGAAACUGUACUUAUAUCUGCUGGUGUUCCACAAGGUUCCAUCCUUGGUCCUCUUCUUUUUAUUCUCUAUAUCAACGACAUCGUUACGGACAUCGGUUCUACUAUUCGUCUCUUUGCUGAUGACACAAGCCUCUACAUAACUGUUGAUGAUCCUAUACAAUCAGCAAUUACACUCAACGCCGAUCUCAAUACUAUCACAAACUGGGCCGAAAAGUGGCUAGUUGACUUCAAUCCAAACAAAACAACCUCUUUGCUCAUUUCACGAAAACACAACAAACCAUAUCACCCUCCUCUAUCAAUGAAUGGCACAGUUAUAGCAGAAGUAAACACUCACAAGCAUCUAGGGGUCACAUUUUCUCACGAUGGAACUUGGCAUGAGCACAUUGAGACAAUCAAAACAAAAGCAUGGCAACGUAUCAAUAUUAUGCGCACACUCAAAUUUACUCUUGACAGAAAAUCAUUAGAAACUAUCUAUACAUCUUUCAUUCGCCCUCUCCUAGAGUACUCUGACGUCGUUUGGGACAAUCUUUCUCUCCAUGAUCAAUAUGAGUUAGAAAAAAUACAACAUGAGGCGUGUAGAAUUAUCUGUGGGGCAACCAAACUAGUUUCUAUCGAUAAUCUCUAUAGGGAAACCUGCUUUGAAACUCUCAAACAAAGAAGAGAACAACACAAACUCACACUCUUUUAUAAAAUGACAAACAACCUAUCUCCUCCAUAUCUUAAUUCUCUCGUACCUGAUAAUGUGGGCGAUACGACUACAUACAACCUAAGGAACGCCAACAACACAAGGGAUAUCCACUGUCAUACACAACUCUACGCAAAUUCAUUCCUGCCAUCGGUUGUAAAUGCCUGGAAUCAGCUUCCUAUUGAACACCGAAACUGUACUACACUCAACUCUUUCAAAAGCAAACUCAGUGCGAACAAACCCAUGGUUCCCUCUCAUUACUACAUUGGCAAUCAGUAUGAUGUUCGAAGUCGUGAUGAUGAAUGUCGGGACUAUGAUGAUGAAAACAGUGAAAUAUGGACGAUGAAAGUGAACAACCGAAAUUAUGAUGGUAGGAAUACGACACUGUGUUGA